UCAUAUAUGUACUAUACAUUAUACAUACAAACACUCACAACAACCCCACAUAAACCCUAAACACACAUGCCCUCCACCAUCACUACAUACUUUUCAACUCCACAAGAAGAAAAAACACUCCAUUUUCGCCAAGAAAGAUGAUAACCUCAACCGAUUUCUACCACGUGAUGACCGCGGUGGUGCCGCUCUACGUGGCGAUGAUCCUCGCCUACGGCUCCGUAAAAUGGUGGAAGAUCUUCACGCCGACGCAAUGCUCCGGCAUCAACCGGUUUGUGGCAAUGUUCGCGGUGCCGCUCCUCUCGUUCCACUUCAUAGCCGGCAACAACCCGUACACAAUGAACGUACGCUUCAUCGCGGCCGACACCCUCCAGAAGCUCAUAGUCCUCGCGGCACUCGCCGUGUGGGCCAACUUCACCAAGAGGGGCUGUUUGGAAUGGACGAUAACCUUCUUCUCGCUAUCCACGCUCCCAAACACCCUCGUUAUGGGAAUCCCGUUAUUGAAGGGGAUGUACGGCGACUUCUCCGGCGGGCUGAUGGUCCAGAUCGUCGUUCUCCAGUGCAUCGUCUGGUACACGUUGAUGCUGUUCUUGUUCGAGUUCAGAGGCGCCCGGUUGCUCAUCUCCGAGCAGUUUCCCGACGACACCGCCGGAGCUAUAGCGUCCAUCACCGUCGACUCCGACGUGACGUCGCUCGACGGGCGGCAGAUGCUGGAGACGGCGGCGGAGGUUAUGGAGGACGGGAAGCUCCACGUCACCGUCAGGAAAUCCAGCGCCUCGAAAUCCGACGUGUUCUCGAGAAAGUCCGUCGGCGGGUUUCCCUCCGGCGCGACGCCCCGGCCGUCGAAUCUGACGAACGCCGAGAUUUAUUCUUUACAGUCGUCGAGGAAUCCGACGCCGAGAGGGUCGAGCUUCAACCACUCCGAUUUCUACUCGGCCGGCGGCGGGAGAAACUCAAACUUCGGAGCUAACGACGUUUACGGGCUGUCCGGUUCGAGGCCGUCGAACUUCUUCGAGGAGGAGGCGGCGGCGGCGAAUAAGUCUAGAUUCUUCCAUGGGAAUGGGACAAACUACCCGGCGCCGAACCCCGGGAUGUUUUCACCUUCAAAAAUGGCGGGAAAUAAAAAGGAAAGUGGCGGGAAAGAUGUUCAUAUGUUCGUAUGGAGCACGAGUGCUUCUCCUGUUUCGGAUGUGUUUGGCGGUGGUGUUUCUCCUGCCAAAGUGGAGGGACAAGGAGAAAAUAAUAAGGAAGAGGAAUGUGUAGAGAGAGAAGAUUUGAGUUUUAGAAAUAACAGAGAAGAUCAAGAAGGAGGAGGAGAGAGAGAGGGAGAGAAGAGAGAGAAAGUGAAUAUGCCACCAACAAGUGUGAUGACUAGGCUUAUUUUGAUCAUGGUUUGGCGGAAACUCAUCAGAAAUCCCAACACUUAUUCCAGCUUAAUUGGUCUCAUUUGGUCUCUUGUUUCUUUCAGGUGGAAUGUAGAGAUGCCUGCUAUAAUAGCAAAGUCGAUAUCUAUACUGUCUGAUGCAGGGCUUGGGAUGGCCAUGUUUAGUCUUGGUCUGUUCAUGGCAUUGCAACCGAGGAUAAUAGCAUGUGGUAAUUCAGUGGCGACUUUUGCUAUGGCUGUCAGAUUUCUUACAGGACCAGCUGUCAUGGCCGCUGCUUCUAUUGCCGUUGGCCUACGUGGCGUUCUUCUCCGCGUCGCCAUUGUUCAGGCUGCUCUGCCGCAAGGAAUUGUCCCCUUUGUUUUUGCCAAGGAGUACAAUGUACACCCUGAUAUUCUCAGCACAGGUGUAAUAUUCGGAAUGUUGAUCGCGUUGCCGAUAACACUGGUGUACUACAUUUUGCUGGGGCUAUGAAGCUGCGAUUCGAGGAUUUUGUUCCGGACACGGCUAUGUAGGUUUAAAAUUAGCUAGGGCGUCAAUUAUUUGGACACGACAAAAUAUUUUUAAUUAGUACCAGAAUUAAAAAGAAGGGAGCGAGCUUAUUUAGUAUCAAUCAUUAUGUUAUUAUUCCGUUGUACGUUUUUUUUAUGUUACGUAGUUGUAAAAUCAUAUGAUCUUAUAUUUUAUCGAAGAAUUAAUGGUUAGAUGAAGAAAUAGAGACUCGAAUAUCUCCAUUUUGUUGUCGUAAUUGAAGUGAAUUACAUGUUAUAUAG